UCACUUCUCCAUCCUUAAUUUAUCACGUUUACGAGCACUAGGCAACCAUGUCCAUUCCAAGACUAUCCACCUUCCUCGUCGUGCUCUUACCUACGUUUUGGACGGCCGCGGUCUCCGUGCGCAGCUCAACGCUGCUCCUGGCACGCUCACACUCGCUGCUGUCGCCCAACACCGGCGCGCCGCUCACCGUGUGGGCAGCGUCCCUCACCGCGCAGUCCGCCGCCGACGUGACACGCGUUGCUACGCUCACGGCGGCCAAAGCCAAAACCAAAAGCAAAGGCCGAUCGUUCGUGCCGAUCGCGCCGGGCCGGCAGAUCCUCAGCAUCCCCAACUACGUGGCCCGUGCGCGGCUCGGCACGUCGCCGCAGACGCUGCUGGUCGCCAUCGACCCCAGCAACGACGCCGCCUGGAUCCCGUGCAGCGCCUGCGUCGGCUGCGCGCCCAAGUCGUCCCCGUCAUUCGCCCCGACGGACUCGUCCACGUACCGGCCCGUGCGGUGCGGCUCGCCGCAGUGCGCGCAGGUGCCGGGUGCCGCGUCCUGCCCCGGCGGUGCCGGCGCGUCGUGCGCGUUCAACCUGUCGUAUGGCUCGUCCACGUUCCAGGCCGUUCUCGGCCAGGACGUGCUCGCCCUCGAGGGCGCCGGAGCCGCGUCGUCCUACACGUUCGGCUGCCUCCGCGUGGUCACCGGCCGGUCCGUGCCGCCGCAGGGGCUCCUCGGCUUUGGGCGCGGGCCGCUCUCCUUCCUGUCACAGACGAAGGACACCUACGGCUUGGUCUUCUCCUACUGCCUCCCGAGCUACAAGUCCUCCAACUUCUCCGGGACGCUGAGGCUCGGCCCCGCCGGGCAGCCGAAGCGGAUUAAGACGACGCCGCUGCUGUACAACCCCCACCGCCCCACCCUGUACUACGUCGACAUGGUCGGCAUCCACGUGGGCGGCAGGGCCGUAGCCGUGCCGGCGUCGGCACUCGCGUCGUUCGACCCGGCCACGGGCACCGGUGGCACGAUCGUGGACGCGGGCACCAUGUUCACGCGGCUUUCGCCCCCCGUGUACGCGGCCGUGCGCGACGCGUUCCGGCGCAAGGCGCGGGCGCCCGUGUCGGCGCCUCUGGGCGGGUUCGACACGUGCUACAACGUGACCGGCCUCCGGGUGCCGAGCGUGACGUUCGCUUUUGCUGGCGGGGCGGGCGCAGCCGUGACGCUGCCGGAGGAGAACGUGAUGAUCCACAGCUCGUCUGGCGGUGUCACGUGCCUGGCGAUGGCGUCGGGGUCAUCGGAGGGGGUGAACGCCGGGCUCAAUGUGCUGGCCAGCAUGCAGCAGCAGAACCACCGUGUGCUCUUCGACGUCGCCAACGGCCGCGUCGGGUUCUCGCGCGAGCUAUGCACUGCCUGAUCAAUAUGCGCGCGCGAAGAGUAACUAGUACGGGAAAAUCUCGGUCGAUCAAAACUUAACCAAAUCUCAGUCUGUUAAGACUUACGUGGAGAUCCGUGAAAUUUUUCUUUUUGACUUUCUUCUUCUUUAGUACUCCCUCUGUCCCAUAAUAGAAGAACGUUUUAGCAGUAGUGUAGUGCUAAAACGUUCUUAUAUUAUGGGACGGAGGAAGUACAUGCUAUGCCACUUGACGAAGACUUGGUUAAAUUUGAAUCGACUAAGACCUAACUAGUAUGUACUCCCAUUCAUGUCAUCGUGU